GCUGUUUACGUCGUGUUCUCGGGUACAUUUGUUUCGCCUGACUAGUUAUUGGAAAAUCAAGUCUUGUGAUUCCACCAUUAUUUGAAAAAAAAACACGAAACUCAAAAUGAAAGCCGUCAUUUAUCUAGAAACCAGUUGUCUGCUUUGGAUAAUUUGGAACGGAUUUGGAGAAGCAGACCAUUUAAAGAAGCCGGGUACAUGCCCUGCUGUUUCGCCGUCCCUGACAGGGAGUUGUAAUUAUUUCUGUACGGGAGACUAUGACUGCGAGGGGGAGGAGAAGUGCUGUGACAAUGACUGUUAUUCCUACAGCUGUCAGAAACCGGUGGUUAAUGAAGCACUUACCAAGGGAGCCGAAUGUCCACAAGUCUCUUACCGGACAGACAGUUUCGGGUUCAAGUGGCCGAUGACGUCAUACAUCUAUUGCUCUACUGGAUGUUGUGGUGUCAGGGAUAACCACUACUGCUGUGAAACUAAGCACCACAUUGGUCUAUAUGUUGGAAUCGCUGCAGCUACCGUUGUAUUGGUUGUAUUGAUCGUGUCAGUCUCAUGUUGCUGCAUCCAUAAAUACAACAAAAAGAACGUCAUCGUCGGAAUCAGUCCAGAGUCGCACAAUCAAAUGUUAGCACAGAGGACUCAAUAUCAGUGGCCCUCGGCUCCCCCGCUGUAUGAACAAGCCAUUUCUACAGGAAAUCAAGCACUUACUCCCAAUGUUAGCUUCUCCAGAACUAGCGGUGUUCUGUUCGACAGUAAAAAACAAUAAAAUACAGCUCCGUACAUACAUUUUUAAUAUAAAUAUUUUGUAAAGAUAUAGUCUUGUGGUUAUUUUCAAUCAAUUACUGAAUCAAUUAAUCAAUUUUGUAAGUUUCAUGUUAUUGUACAGGUUUGAAGAUAUAUUAAUUUUUUUUAAUGCUUAGAUUUGCUUAUUAA